AUGUGUUCGGGCGUGGCUGGGCUAGAGGAGCGGCGUAAGGAGCUGGAGGGACGAUGCGAGGCGUUAUUUGAUGACAAUGUGGAGUUGGCCGCCAGCUUGGAGAAGGCUCUGGAGGGGGUUCAUAGGGCUGAGAGAGCCGAACGGAGGGUCGAGGAGCUGCAGAUCAUGCUAGCUAAUAAGCGUGACAAGGCUAGGGAGGAGGUAAGAAGCCCUAAUAAUGAGGAAUCUCUGGACGACAGUACUACAGUGGGCAUCCAGGAACAGCUGGACGCCUAUAUGGAGCUGCUGGUAGAUCUCACUAACAAGCUAGAUAGGAGUGAGGAGGAGAAGAAGGCCAAAGAGGAGGCGUUGGAUGACUUGAAAGGCCGCUAUGAGCUCCUCUUGGCUGGCCGGAGUUCGACCGGCGGUUAA